AUGCACAUGCUCGUCUCGUCGACUCCCGAUCUUCGAAACCCGUACAACCAAUCUGUAUCUCGCCAUUUGCCCGUCGUGGCGCUUCUACUGCUCAACAUCCCCGAGUUCAAUAGUUCAGACUCCUCCCCGGAGACAUUUUCUCGUACGAAAUUCAUGGACUUUCUCUGGGAUGUCUUUGCAGCGGAGGUGCAAUGGAAAGCGUCUCAGUCGUCAUCACCGCUCAAUAUCGAAGGUGCUGUGAGCGAGGUACUGGGAUACCAUGGCUCGUGGUCACUUUACAUGGGCAAGCUGCGCGACAGCUUGGGAGACAGUCUUCCGCGCAACAUGACCGAGUUCAUGACUCGAGGCAUGAACGUGGAGCUCCGUAGUCCGCACAUUGACCCCAAAAUGGCAAAAGAGCUCGUGAAGUGGGUUCUCUGCUCCAACAGGCGUGAAAAACUCGUCGACUUUCCUGCGGUCGUUGGGGGGCUGCCUCGUGCUAUUGAUCUCUUCGGCGAUGUGUUGACUCGAGUUAAAGACAGGAAUGUUCUGUUCAGACACCCGAAACUCACGGCUGCGUUCGAUUGGUUGGCUUUUCUGCUGAAAGAAACGACGACGAUAUUCUGCGCUACCUUCGAAUACCCACAUUCCAGCGCCUAUUUGGACCGCGACGCGCAAGGACGUGCAUUCGCUUCCACCUUUGACAGUUCUUAUGUCGAGAACGUCAGCAGCGCCGCAUACUUCAGUCACUCGUCUAGUGGAGAACACCCUAACGGCUCCUGCACAUCCCUCUGCGCGUUCCAGGCCGAGAUCCUGCGGGCUCUUGAGAGCGUGUCUCGAGCUAGUCCGUCCAUGGUACUGGACAGCCGAGUGUGGAACGAUGCGGUCGUGAGCUUGUCAGGGACGAAGGGCGUCGAGCUGUUGCCGGGGGCCUAUCACGAAAAUUGGACGCCAAUGGACCAUCGCGAUGGAGUCGCGCAGACCAUUCUGGAGGCUUUGAGGCCAUUGGCGUUUCCUGGAUCUAAUACGAACGGUAUAGGGCCCGAACGCGAGCUUACUCUUGAUAUUCUGUCACGCGCUCUGGACGAUUUUCGGACUACGCUGAACGAGGAAGAGGGAAGGAAUAUUAUCUUCCGUCACCCCAAACUCGCGAGUGCGUUCGCUCGGUUAGCGUCCACCCUGGAGGAAACGACGACGAUAUUCUGCGCCACUUUUGAAUCCCCGCUUUCGAGUCACUCCCAUUUGGAUCGCAAUGUGCACGGACGGGCUUUCCUCAACGUCUGCGUCGACCUGAUACAGGUCCUGCAGGACUUCGACGUUUCCACUCCUGCACGUCACUUUGUGCAUUCCGGGCUGAGAUAUCGCCUGAUAUCGCGCGCCGUCGAGGGCGUGCACGGAGCGUUCGAGGUCGACCAGUGGAAUAGGAUUCUCGCGACGUUGACGGGGACGCAGAGCGUCGAGCUGUUGCCUGGGACCUGGCUCUCGAAGUGGACACCGCCGAGCCAUCGCGACGAGGUUAGACAGACUAUUCUGGCGGCGCUGAGGCCAAUGGCGCCGUUGACGUUCGAAUCAGUCGUUACGAUACCGUGGAACCAACUCGAACAACGAUCCGCAUAA